AUGCUACAGACAGACGAAGAAAAUCAUGAUCUCUCUCUCUCUUUGUCUCUCUCUCUCUCUUUUUUCCCGUUCUCUCUCUCUCUCUCUCUCUCUCUCUCUCUCUCUCUCUCUCUCUCUCUCUCUCUUUUCUUACUACGCGAAUUUUCGCAGGAUAUGAAUUGGUUGCUUUUAUAUGUUCUAUUUGUGUCACAGCUGGUCACCUCCUGCACUUCAUUUUAUCUAUAUUGGGAUUUGUGUCUGGUCCCUCUCUUUAUCUAUCUUAAUGGUGAUCAUGAUGAAUGGAAUUCUCUUUCCUGCCAGAAUAAUAGGUUGCGUCGUGUGCAUUGCAGAUGUAAGUUUUCAGGAAAUUUUCCUCCUUUAUUUAGUUCUUAUUUUUUUAGUUGUCUUUCCUUCUUUCUUUCUUACUUUCUAAAUUUCAUUCCUUUUCUCUUUUUUCUUUUUUUUUCAAAUUUUCAUUCGUUUUUUCUUUCUUCUUUUCUUUUUAUUUCGCUUUCUUUCUUUCUUUCUUCCUUUCUCUCUUCAUUAUGCUUCUUCUUUUGUCCUUGUUUUUAUCCAUCGUUCUUCUUUUUAUUCGUCCUUGCUCUCAUUCUUUCUUCAUUUUUUUUUUUUAUUUCACUUUUCGUUCUUGCUUUUUCCCCCGCUUUUCUAACGGCUUUUUUCUUUCCUUGUUUUCUUGUUUUUAUUUCUUUAUUUCUUUUCAUUCCUUCAUUCCCCCCCUUUUUUUGCAUUAAUUUCUUCUUUCACAUUUGUUUUCAUUUAUCAUUCAUUUCAACUUCUCUUCUUUUAUUUCAUUAUUUCUUACUUUUUCGUUUUCCAUUGAACUUUCUUAUAUUUUUUUUCUUAUUUCAUUCUUUGUUUCAUGUGAUAUUUAUUUAUAUUUCCGUUUUCUUUCUUUUUUCUUUCAUUUUACUGUUUAUCUUUCAUAUAUUUCUCUACAUAUUUUCUUCUUGCGAUAUUUUUUUAUCAUUAUUAUUAUUCUAUUUAUCUUUCUUUCUUUCAUUCAUUCGAAUUUCUUCUUACUAUUUUUAUUAUUUAUUAAUUUUAACCUCACCAUAUGAUUUUCUUUCUUCUUUUCGUACGUAUUAUUAA